AUGCAUGCCAUUGCGGUUCUUGGAGCUGCCGCGGCCGCUCUCUGCAGCCCAGCCGCGGCCAUGCCUACCGCUGCUCCGUAUCCCGAAUUGGAGGCCCUCGAGGCUCUACACCGUCGCGCCCAUCUCCAGCCUCGAGCCGAUCCAACCGCUGCUUGGGUCACCGUCGGCGACGAGGGCACGCCCGUCAAGACCAUCACGCCAAAAGCCACCACCAUCAGCGGAACGCCCACGCUUGUCGACGUUGCGCCUCACGAUAUCACAGCCUCGGUGUACACCUUUACGAGCUGGGGCGUCAUCACAACCAGCACUGGCCAGCCGCCUAACCCGACCGCCACAUCCAAGAACAAUGACGGAGUCUUUUCGCGGUGCUACAACAAGGACGGCAAGGACGCUCCCUUCUGCACACCGUAUACGAACAGCUCGCUUCUCACGGGGAGCACCUAUUACAUUACUUGGGAUCCCGACUACUACAACAAGACCAACUUCAAGACCAACACGACUUAUGAAAUCACUGUUCGCCUGGACUAUCUCAACAGGACAAGCAAUGAGUGGGUUAAGCUUGAAACCUUCGACGACAACAAGGUGCCAGCCUCUUGGGGCUUCUGGCCUCUUAAAGUCAAAAAGGAUUAUCUCAUGGGCGAGAAGACCAACAACAUCACCAUCACCCUUCUGAGCGCUCCCAAGGGCAGCAACGACAAGAACAGCUCCAUUGCCCUCCCAGUGCUUUUCCAGAAGCCCGCCUUACCCCAGAACUCAAAGACCGAGCUCCCCACGGGUCAUACGCUCUCCAUCGCGCUGCCUCUCGCUUUCGGCUGCUUCGUCUUCAUCGUCGUCGGCCUCUUCAUGUGGAACCGCAAGAGCCGCCGCAUCCAGCUCGGCAACAUCAUGAGCCGCUCUCGUCAUGGCUACAACGGCCGCAAGGCUCGCCGAAACAUCUUUCACUCGAGGAAGGAUAGCGUUCCGCUGCACAACGCGGAUGACCACUUGAGAGACGGAGAUUAUCACGAUGCGCCCAUCGCUGGUCGACGCGAUAGUGAGGCUCUGGGUAGCUUGGCUGGCACUCCUAUCAACGAGACGUUUGAGCAGCAGGGCACCACUGGCGGUAAUAAGAAUACUUUCCGGGACGAGAUGGCUCGACAGAACCAGGAGAGACGUGGAGGAUUUUGA